AUGCUACACAUCGGCACAUUCCUAGUGCUUUCCUCAGCGAUACAUGUUGGUUUUGCGAACAGCGUGGUUCAAGAACGCGACCUGAACCUCACGGCCCAACAAUCUGAUCUCACAUUCGACAUACCCAACCUCCCCCGACCUCAAAGCACCACCGUAUCGCUCACCUCCAUCCCUUCUGCAUGCGCAGAGAUUACCGGUAUUGGCAAGAAUUGUACUACUUCUACGGAUGUAGUCAAUGUCACCUUUGUUGACUGUGGCUCACCAUAUACGAUAUGCCGUUGCAGCAAUGCCAACAUCACACUGGACGACGCAACGAAUGCUCUUGCCCGUGUUCCUGUGGGUCUGCGAAGGCACGUUAGGACGACGAUAGUUAUGCCAGACAGCGAAGCGCACGCGUAUACAGAAAGUGGAGACAUACAUUUCUUUGGGGUGUGCGACCAACGAGUUUGGAUACACGAGUCUACGCAUGCAGCCUCGGGCGCACUGGGGAUCAAUGAUGCUAGCGGGAGUGGAUCUUGGGAAGAAGCGGUGUCCAAAGAUACCUGUGUCCCUGAUAAUUACGCGAAGACUAAUCCCGCAGAGGAUCUCGCGCAAAUGAGCGUGGUCAAAGUGUACUCACUUCUCAACAACAAUACGCUUCCUCCGGGAUUCACGACGGAUUGCAUGUCGAAUCAAUUGGCCUUUUUGGAUGCGCUUCCUCUUUACAAUAUGACUACGUUGUUCGGAGAUUCGUGCUCGUUUGAACCGGAUAACGAUAAAGCCCAACAUAACAUUGCUCCGUGA